ACGCAGAAUUAUUAAACGAUGUUAGGGCGCGCUUACGCCGCAAACGUUUUCUUUAGCGUGGACGGUGUGUUUGUGCUGUAGCUGUGUCAGACAACAACACACAAAACGGUGCUUUUUACCGGAGUCCCUCUCUUCUACUUGGUGAUAACUCCAACCUGCAGUCUCCACUUUGACGGAGUACCGCUAACGGCGACAAAAACACCUUCUUUUGCAAUCUACGCAGACGUGAAAACUCCACAGCAACCAUGUUUGAGGCUCGACUGGUUCAGGGCUCCAUCCUGAAGAAAGUGCUGGAGGCUCUGAAGGAUCUGAUCACAGAAGCCUGCUGGGACGUCAGCUCCUCCGGCAUCUCUCUGCAGAGCAUGGACUCCUCUCACGUCUCCCUGGUCCAGCUCACCCUCCGGCAUGACGGCUUCGACUCGUACCGCUGCGACAGGAACCUCGCCAUGGGAGUCAACCUCAGCAGUAUGUCUAAAAUCCUGAAGUGUGCAGGAAACGAGGACAUCAUCACCCUCAGGGCAGAAGACAGUGCAGACACACUUGCCCUUGUGUUUGAGACCAUCAAUCAGGAGAAAGUGUCAGAUUAUGAAAUGAAACUGAUGGACCUAGAUGUGGAGCAGCUGGGUAUUCCAGAGCAGGAGUACAGCUGUGUGGUGAAGAUGCCAUCUGGGGAGUUUGCCCGUAUCUGCCGUGACCUCUCCCAGAUUGGCGACGCCGUCAUGAUCUCUUGCGCCAAGGAUGGAGUCAAGUUCUCUGCCUCAGGCGAACUGGGCACAGGAAACGUCAAGCUGUCCCAGACCAGCAACGUAGACAAAGAGGACGAGGCUGUGACUAUUGAGAUGAAUGAGCCUGUUCAACUCAUCUUUGCCCUCAACUACUUGAAUUUCUUCACUAAGGCCACGCCACUGUCAAAGACGGUCACCCUCAGUAUGUCAGCUGAUAUCCCUCUUGUGGUGGAAUACAAGAUUGCAGACAUGGGACACAUAAAGUAUUACCUGGCGCCGAAGAUCGAUGAAGAGUCUUCCUAAGUUGUUUAGAGCAACCUAAAAAGGGGGGUGGGGUUGGGGGAAUAGAGAAAAGCAGGCAACUGGGACUUUUCUUGAGUGAUUGAAGGGCUGAGGUGACCUCAUGGUGGUUUCUCCAAUAAGGUGUUCACAGCAGGAGGUGUAGUGUUAGCUUUAUACACAGCUAUGUGAAAACCAUCUGUGUGAGGUCAUAAAGCUCUGAAGACGGAGCGACUGGCUGUGGUCCAGACAGGUGUAAAAUUCACCACUGGGUUCCUCCCCAUUUGUCUCUUUUUUUCUAUUUUUACCCAUUUUGGCAGAGCAAAUUUCAACUAUCAUAUUCCCUUUUGUAGAUAAUGCUUUUGUAAACACUUUGUGCUUUCCCACUGUCAAGUCGACCCCAAAUGUUUUUGUAUUCAUUGAUUCAGUUCAAAAUAAAUGAUUCAGUUUUUCCACUA